AGCAGGGCGGGAGUGGGGCGGGAGCGAGUAACGGCUAGCUGACGUGGCGCGACCUGAUUGGUCCACGUCAGCUAGCCGUUGCUGGUUCAAAAUUUCAGCUCCACCCCUAUAAAUACCCCCAUUUGUUUCACUCACACUCCACACCCAUCUCAUCUCCAUUCAUCACCUUCCGUCUCUCAACUUCUCCACCAUGUCCGGUUGGACUCCACCAGAUUGCACCACGUUCACGGAUCUGAUGCUAGACGGGUCACCAAUAGACCUCGAAGGUGUCUCUCCGACACAUCGUCGCACCAAUGUAGCUUCUUCGCCGAUUCCCCGAGUUUUAUGGUCCUCCGGCGCACCACCUCCGGGGCCAUAUGGCCCAUACGCUCCACCUCCGGCGCCUCCGGGGCCAUAUGGUUCAUUUCUUCCGCCUCCGUAUCCAUACCCCCAAGCACCUCAAAAUGCUCCACCUGUAGGUAGCGGGAGUGGCACUGUACCCCCGUACCCACCACCUUCGUACGGGGCAUACCCUCCACCUCCGUAUCCAUACGCGCCAUAUGGUCCGUACCCCCCACCACCUUCCGAAGCUCCAAGCUCCGAGUCCAAUGCCGCGGAAACAAUCGUACCACCGCGUGCAAAGAGGCUUGACUGGACUGUCCAGGAAGAGGAGAAACUGGUUAAUGCUUGGCUUUUUAACUCCAAGGACUCUGUUGCCGGUAAUUGCAAGACCGGCACUAGUUUUUGGGGUGGGAUAGCUGCAACCUUCAACGCUACCGCGGAUCCUUCCCGUCAUCGGACCUCGAAGCAGCUGAAGGAUCAUUGGAACGCCUACAACAAGGAGGUGUCCCUGUUCAAUGCAUACCACAUCCAAGAAACAAAUAUGCGUCAGAGUGGAGCAGACGAUGAUAUGGUCAUGAAGGCGGCAAUGGAGAGGUACGCCGCAGACAAGCAGUGA